CUUCUGGUCGAAAAAGCCGAAGAAAAAGAGAAAGUGUUGGACUGUGGUCGUCUAUAAUUGUAUGUCUAAACACCAUCACACACACUUGCCACUAUUGUCUAGAACUCCCUCUCUUUAUCGCUCGCACCGUCUUUGAACCCAAGAAAAGAAAGUUCCUUACAAGAUUAUCUCUCUCUCGCAAUAGAUCUCUAAGAACCCAGCAAGAGUCAUGUCUGUUAUACUUCCUCUGUGUUUGGUUCUCUCAAUGAUUACCUAUUCAAAUGCGGCUUAUUGUGUGUGCAAAGACGGUAACGAGCAAGUGCUUCAGAAGGCAAUAGACUAUGCUUGUGGAGCUGGAGCUGACUGUACUCAGAUCCAGCUGAACGGAGCUUGUUACCAACCUAACACCAUCAAAAACCACUGUGACGUCGCUGUCAACAGUUACUACCAGAAGAAAGCUUCUUCCGGUGCCACAUGUGAUUUUAACGGCGCCGCCGUCAUCUCUAGCUCCCCUCCGUCAACGGCUUCAAGCUGUUUAUCUGGUUCCAGCUCUAGUGGGACCCCGUCCACUGGAACCCCAAAAAGUGGGACCCCAACCACCGGGACUCCAACCAGUGGCUUCCCAUCCACCGGGACUCCGUCCACCGGGAACCCCACUUCCGGAAUGCCCAACACUGGGACUCCUUCCACUUCCACGGGGAUGCCUACUUCUUCCUCAUCUUCAGUGUUCCCGGGUACUACUCUUGGACCGGUCGGGAGUGGCGGACUAGGUGAUCCGAACUCUGGAGUGAAGUUGUCAGACCGAACUAACACGGUGUUCUUCUUACUAGCCGGUGUAGUUAUGCUUGUCAUGAUGGGUUAGGACACACGGUUGGUUGCUGCAAUGGAUGAGCUUUGAUUUUGCCAACGGCUUAUGGGUUGUGCAAAUCGGAUAGUGCUGCUGUUACUUUUCUGGUUCUUGUGGAGUUCCUAUAAUUAGGUUGGUCGAGAGACAUCAUUAUGCUGGGUUAGUAGCUUAGUAACUUGUGAUGUACAAGUCUAAAAACCUUUUUUUUCUUUGUUUUGUAAAUCCGGAGGACGAGAUGCUCUUUUGUUUCUAUUCUUUUUAUAUCCUUUUGUUUCUUUGAA